AUGAAGGGAGCUGCAGUUAUCUUAGUUGUGGUAGCCAUGGUUUAUUCCAUGGCCAAGCCAGGAGAGGCAGUGCCGAGUUGUGGGCAAGUGGAGUCAUCUUUGGGUGCUUGCAUGCAAUACCUCAUUUCAGGCAGCAAUCUCACACCAGCAUGUUGUGAAGGUGUCAAGAAUUUGAAGGCAAUCACUCCAACAACUGCGGAUAGACAAACGGCCUGCAACUGCCUCAAACAAGCUGCCGCUAAAUUCCCAAAUAUAAACCAAGAUGCAGCCUCUUCUCUUCCUCAAAAAUGCGGUGUUGACACAAGCGUUCCCAUCUCCAAAACCACCGAUUGGUUAACUGAGAAGGAAUUUGAGGACAUGCAAUGA